AGUAUUCCUGCCCUUAGGGGACGCCCCCGCCCCCUAGCGCUUGAGCGGUCCGGCCUUGGCGGCGUUGCCGAUGACCUUGGCCGCGUUCGCGCGGAUCUGGUCCCAGUCGCCGGCCUGGACGGCGGCGGGGUCGAACAAGGGGGCCACGAGGCCGACGGACGCGGCGCCGUUCAUGAGGAAGUCGCCCGCGUUGUCGAGGUCGACGCCCGACGUCGGGUUCAGCCGCAGCAUGGGCAGGGCCGCGGAGACGGCCUUGACCCACGCGUGCGCGCCGGCGACGCCCGGGAAGAUCUUCUGCAGCGGCGCGCCGAGCUUGUAGGCGUUGUACGCCUCCGUCGGCGUCUGGCAGCCCGGGAUGAUCACGAUGUCGCGCUGCACGCACCACUCGACGACCUCGGGCACGAGGACGGGCGUGAUGAUGAACUCGGCGCCCGCGUCGCACGCGGCCUCGGCGUCCGUCGUGUUCAUGAUCGUGCCGCAGCCGACCAUGACGUCGCCGUCGUACUUGGCGCGGAAGUCGGCGAGCGUGUCGAGGCAGCCCGGCGUCGUCAGCGUGAACUCGGCGAUCUUGAAGCCGCCCUCGAUCGCCGCCGUCAUGGCCUUGGGGCACGCCUCGGCCGUCGCCGUGCGCAGCACGGCGCAGACGCGGUCGCGCGCGAAGCGGUCGAGCACGCUCUCGCGGUUCGCCUCGCUCUUCGCGUAGAGCGACCUGCGCGCGCGUCGGUCGGUGGGUGUGUGUGUGUGUGGCGUCGCCGGCGUUCCCGCGGCGGCGGCCGCUCUCGCGGGUCCCGGGGUCGUGCGGGCGUGCGUCGCGGCGCGGCGGCGCAAGCGGGUCCCGGGGUGCGCUCCGCCAGCGAGUCGCGGCGGCUCGCGCGCGACGUGUCGUGCGACGCAUGCCGUUCUCGCGCGCGUCCGCUCGCGUCUUGUAUCUAGCUCGAUCCUGUGGCGUGAUGAGAGAUGACGCCGCGUGCGCACCUGCUCGCAAGCGCCGCACCGUAGCGUCCGGCGGCGGCCCGCGCGACUGGUCUCGCUGCUCGUGCCACGGCUGCCAUGUUUGAUCUCUUUGGCGUCGACGUUCGCCUUUUUAGCCUCUCGACAAAGGUGUG